AUGGGCUGCUGCCAGUGCUCCGCCCGCUACCCGACGCCCGAGGAGCUCGCGGCGCUUCGCGCGCUCGUCGAGCGGUCGAAGACGACCUUCGACCCCGACAACGACCUCGAGCACCUCGAGCUCCUCGACGCUCUGUGGCUCACGUUCCACGACAACGUGCGGGGCUGCAAGAAGGCCUUCGAGCGCACGAGCCUCGACUGGCUCAAGAUCGGCUUCCAGAACGCGGACCCGGCGUCCGACGUGCGGGGCGGCGGCGUGCUGGCCGUCGAGAACAUGCUCGCGUUCAUCAGAGCCGCGCCGGACACGGCCAUCGCCAUGGCCGAGAGCGGCGAGCACGACGACGAUUCGGACAUCAUGACGGCCACGUACAUGCCCUGGGCGACGGCGGGCGUCAACAUCACGCGGCUGCUGCUGCAGCUCUUCGGCGCCGUCGGCCCCGCGGGCAACGAGCUGGACGCGUCGAAGGUCAAGAAGCGCUACUGGCCCCUGGUCUUCGAGUUCGACGCGCUCUACGUGCUGAGCUUCGAAUUACUGGACGCGACCUUCGACGAGGAGCACGGCACCUACAUGUCGUUCCCCCACGUCAAGGACACGGUCGCGAAACGUCUGGAGGCGGCGCUCGCGCGCUUCGGGCCCGCGCCGGCGUCCCGGAGCGACGACGACUUUUUGAGCGUGGAACCCGAUGAACAGUUCGUCGAUAGGCCCGCGCACGUCUCCGAGCUGCCGGACCUCUUGGAGUUCCACUACCACCCGAAGCAGCUGCCGGAAGAGGAGAAGGCGCGCAUCAAGGACGCGCGGCGCCGGGCCCUGAAGCUGUCGGCGCUCGCCGUGCGCGCGGCCGUGCGGCUCCGCGCGACGUCGCGCGUCGACAACGAGGCCCGGGAGGAGGGCGAGGUGGCGUCGCCGCUCCGCGAGACGGACGUCGGGGCCGUGGCCGCCGCGGAGCAGCUCCGGGCCGCGCCGGCCGCGGCGCCCGCGGACGACGCGCGGCCGGGCGUGUUCUCGAAGCUCUUCCGCAAGGUCACGCGGACGUCGUCCGCCGGGCCGGCCCUCGCGGCGGCGGCGGCCGAGGCCGCCGAGCCGGAGCCGGAGUCGCCCGUCGUCGUCGAGAUGUCGCCGGAGGCGCCCGCGCGCAAGAGCGGCACCGCGUGA